GGUGUUCCCCCCUCGCAGGUGAUCAAGGAGAAGGAGUCUCAGAAACUCAAAAUGUGCAAGACCGUCCCCAAGGCGCGUGUCCGACGUGCCAGCAAUGUUAUGGAGAAGUUGAGCAAACUGCAGGACUUGCAGCAUCCACACAUCUCCAGCCUCACAGACCUCAUGGAGGAUGACAAGAACUACUACAUUAUCAGCGACUACUACAUGGGUGGCGAUGUGCAGGAUUGGCUGGAGCGAAUGGAUGAAGGGAACUGGUUGCAGGAGGCCACUUGCGCAGCUUAUGUGCGCCAGGCCUUGCUUGCGCUGAGCCAUAGCCAUUCCGCACAGGUGUACCACCGCGACAUGAAGCCUAGCAGUCUUCUGCUCACCACCAAGCUGCCCGACGCGGUCAUCAAGGUGGUGGAUUUUGGCAUCGCCCAUAUUCUGGACCCGGAUAAUUCGAUAAUUCAAAGCAAUCCAAGCGAGUACACAGUUCCAGAGGUCAUGAAGUCCUCUGAGCAGAAGGGUGGCUCCGCUGACAUGUGGAGUGUGGGUGCCAUCGCCCAUUCACUGUUGGUGGGCAACGGAACCAGCGUGAGCUCCAGGAGGGGUUGGGGCUAUGUCAAGGAUGAAGAAGGUUGGAGCGAGCGUAGCCCUCUGGCCCGAGAUUUUGUUCUGCGCCUUCUGAGGCCUGCGCAUGAGCGGCCCAGCGCCGCCAAGGCUCUUCACCAUCCCUGGAUCAAGGGGAUGAUGCCGAUCAAUACGAUCAACGUGAAUCAGAGCAACAGCAAAGAAGCGAGGGAGCUUCGGUAUAAGAUGCUGUGCUACACAUUGAGUGUGAUCCUCCUUCCAGCAGUUGUUCCACAUCGAGACUUCGAUCAGCUGCGGGUGGCCUUCCAGCAGAGCGACAUUGAUCGCGACGGCUACGUUCCCAGGGCCAUAGGCUUAAGGCUUCUCCUGAGCCGAUGCCAGCAGAAUGAGGCAGUUGUACCUGCUUUGAACAUUGUGGACUUGGGCCGUACGGACACGUGCGACCUCGCUGCCAUCGCCACUGCAGACCUGAUCGCUCGAGAGUUUUUUGCGGCAGGGCCUACCUCCGCACCAUUGAUGGGGCCCUUCACCGCCACCGACCUGGCGCCGCGAUUGCUGAAGCGCUUCUUCGAGCUCUUCGCGGAGAAGCGGAACGGCGUGCCAGUGGCCACUGUGCAGUUGAACGCCAUUCGGGCAAAGACACGCACAGCCACGGCGAAAGAUGUGGAGGCCUAUGCUCGAGUACACUACGAGGAGUUGCUCUCCUGUCUUCCCGAGGAUACGGCCAUUGAUAGUCAGCUACUGACCGCGCAGCUCUCUGCAAGUGCCGGGCGCGGAACGCCCCUGGGUACUGAACAGGAGCUGUCGCCCCUGCGGGCAGAUUCGCCUUGGGAGUUGUCAACCUUCCUGGACCUCUUUGGCAUUUUUUACACCUGUAGUUCGUCCAAACGUGACGAUUCACCUGGUUCGAUUCGCAUGUAUUGAUCAGUCGCCUUGGCCGAAAAUUCGCGGCGCCCCGCCCGCAUCGCCCUGGGUGCGCCGCGGGUCCCCCGGAUGACCGCGGAAGCGCGGUGUGAGGAAAA